AUGACAGCUGACAAGGAGAAGAAGAGGAGCAGCUCGGAGAGGAGGAAGGAGAAGUCUCGGGAUGCAGCAAGGUGCCGAAGGAGCAAGGAGACGGAGGUUUUUUACGAGCUGGCCCACGAGCUGCCCUUGCCUCACAGUGUGAGCUCCCACCUGGACAAGGCCUCCAUCAUGCGGCUGGCUAUCAGCUUCCUGCGAACACACAAGCUCCUGUCCUCAGUUUGCUCUGAAAAUGAGUCUGAAGCUGAGGCUGACCAGCAGAUGGACAACCUGUACCUGAAGGCCUUGGAGGGUUUCAUUGCCGUGGUGACCCAGGAUGGUGACAUGAUCUUUCUGUCAGAAAACAUCAGCAAGUUCAUGGGACUCACACAGGUGGAGCUCACAGGACACAGCAUCUUUGACUUUACUCAUCCCUGUGACCAUGAGGAGAUCCGUGAGAACCUGAGUAUCAAAGACGGCUCUGGCUUUGGGAAGAAAAGCAAAGACAUGUCUACAGAGCGGGACUUCUUCAUGAGGAUGAAGUGCACUGUCACCAACAGAGGCCGCACCGUCAAUCUCAAGUCUGCCACCUGGAAGGUCUUGCACUGCACUGGCCAGGUGAAGGUCUACAACAACUGCCCCCCACAUGGGGGUCUCUGCGGCUACAAGGAGCCCCUGCACUCCUGCCUCAUCAUCAUGUGCGAGCCCAUCCAGCACCCAUCACACAUGGACAUCCCCCUGGACAGCAAGACCUUCCUGAGCCGCCACAGCAUGGACAUGAAGUUCACCUACUGCGAUGACAAAAUCACAGAACUGAUUGGUUACCAGCCAGAGGAGCUGCUCGGUCGCUCAGCCUACGAGUUCUACCAUGCACUGGACUCGGAGAACAUGACCAAAAGUCACCAGAACCUGUGCACCAAGGGUCAGGUGGUGAGCGGCCAGUACCGCAUGCUGGCAAAGCACGGGGGCUACGUGUGGCUGGAAACGCAGGGGACGGUCAUCUACAACCCGCGCAACCUGCAGCCCCAGUGCAUCAUGUGUGUGAACUACGUCCUGAGUGAGAUUGAGAAGAACGACGUGGUGUUCUCCAUGGACCAGACGGAAUCCCUGUUCAAGCCGCACCUGAUGGCCAUGAGCGGCAUCUUCGAGAACAGUGACGAGGUGGCCGUGUCUGAGCAGAGCCACCUCCUGUUCACCAAGCUGAAGGAGGAGCCGGAGGAGCUGGCCCAGCUGGCCCCCACUGCGGGAGAUGCCAUCAUCUCUCUGGACUUCGGGAACCAGAGCUUUGAGGAGUCGUCAGCCUAUGGCGAGACCAUGCUGGCCCCCAACCAGUCGUGGGCUGAGGAGCUGAGGAGCCACAUUGCCCAGAGCGAGGCCAGCCUGCCCGCCUUCACCAUGCCCCAGGCGGCCACGCCAGGGGACACCAGCCCCAGCGCCACCAGCAGCAGCUGCUCCACGCCUGGCAGCCCUGAGGACUAUUACACAUCUCUGAAUGACGAUCUGAAGAUGGAGAUGAUUGAGAAGCUUUUUGCCAUGGAUACAGAGGCAAAGGACCAGUGCAGCACCGAGCUGGAUUUCAAUGAGCUGGACCUGGAGACACUGGCACCCUACAUCCCUAUGGACGGGGAAGACUUCCAGCUGAGCCCCAUCUGCCCCGAGGAGAAGCUCGGGCCCGAGAACCCACAGUUCCUUCCGCAGCAGUGCGUCAGCACCAUGACAAGCAUCUUCCAGCCGCUGGCCCCCAUGCCCGCGCCUGGCCCCUUCCUCCUGGACAAGUACCAGCAGCAGCUGGAGAGCAAGAAGACGGAGCCUGAGCACCGGCCCAUGUCCUCCAUCUUCUUCGAUGGCGGGAGCAAGGUGUCCCUGCCAUCGUGCUGUGGCCAGGCCAGCACCCCUCUCUCUUCUUUGGGGGGCAGAUUCAACACACAGUGGCCCCCUGAUCCGCCCUUACAUUUCAGGCCCCCCAAGUGGCCUGGGGGAGAUCAGCACUCGGAGGCUUUGGGGAUAUCGCCGUCGGGGCCCCCUGCCUCCUCCCCGCAUCUCUCCAUGUUCAAGAAGAGGUCUGCAAAGGGCUUCAGGCCUCAGGGCCCCGAUGCGAUGAGCCCGGCCAUGGUAGCCCUCUCCAACAAGCUGAAGCUGAAGCGACAGCUGGAGUAUGAGGAGCAAGCCUUCCAGGACAUGAGUGGGGGGGACCCUCCAGGAGGCAGCCCUUCACAUCUGAUGUGGAAAAGGAUGAAGAGUCUCAGGGGCUGUGGCAACUGCCCUCCCAUACCUGACAAGCGGCUGCGCGCCCACGUCCCCAGUGAUGAGUUCACCCAAAACCCCAUGAGGGGCCCGAGCCAGCCUCUGAGACACCUGCCGCCGCCACAGCCACCAUCCGCCGUGAACGCCGAGGAGAACGCCAAGAGCAGGUUCCCUCCGCAGUGCUGCGCCUUUCAGUACCAGGACUACAGCCUGCCUCCGGCUCACAAGGCACCAGGUGUGGCAAGCCGGCUGCUCGGGCCCUCGUUUGAGCCCUACCUGCUGCCCGAAUUGACCAGAUAUGACUGUGAGGUGAACGUUCCUGUGCCAGGAAGCUCCACACUCCUGCAAGGAGGGGACCUUCUCAGAGCCCUAGACCAGGGCACCUGA